UUUACUCUCUCUACAUUGUUUUGCAGCACACUCUAAAUAUGCUGUAUUCUGUAGGUGUACACUUCAGAAGCCCGCUGCUUCUUUAGGAGAGUGGAAGCUUAUUAUUUUUCCAGCUCAGUUUUUUCUACUCUGUCUACAUUUUAGGUCAUCCGGACUUUGAUCACAAUGGGGGUGAAGGACCGCCCUCAGUGUUACUUUGAUGUGGAGCUCAACCGGGAGCCAGUUGGGCGCAUAGUCUUUCAACUUUUUUCGGAUAUUUGUCCCAAGACAAGCAAAAACUUUCUCUGUUUGUGCACUGGUGAAAGGGGAAUUGGCAAAGUCACAGGGAAAAAGCUUUGCUAUAAAGGCUCCACAUUUCACAGAGUUGUAAAGAACUUUAUGGUCCAAGGCGGCGACUUCACCGAAGGAAAUGGAAGAGGAGGAGAGUCCAUAUAUGGCGGCUACUUUGAAGAUGAGAACUUCAUUCUCAAACACGACAGAGCCUUCCUGUUGUCGAUGGCCAAUCGUGGGAAGGACACCAACGGCUCACAGUUUUUCAUCACAACAAAGACAGCACCUCAUCUGGAUGGAGUCCACGUCGUCUUCGGUUUGGUCAUCUCCGGCUUUGAAGUGAUAAAGAAGGUCGAGGGGCUGAAGACUGAUUCAGCCAGCAGACCCUACGCUGAUGUCAGAGUGAUAGACUGUGGACAGCUUUUCACCAAGUCUGCUAAUGAUGUACUUGAAGGCAAGAGAAAAAGAACCUCCCAUUCUGCUGACUCGUCCCUCAAUUCCCACGACUCGUCCUCUCAGUUCUCCUCUUCAGCGGGAUCUGAAAGCGAAUCAGAAGAAAAGCACAAACAACGCAAGCACAAGAGACAUGCAAAGAGUAAACGGUCUAAAAAGAAAAGGAGGGAAUCAAAGAAGGAGAAGAGCAGUGAUGUUCUGUCCUCCAAGCAAAGUCCUGUGGAAAAGGAGAUGCUGGAGGGAGACAAUGAAGUGGAGGGAGAGAAAGAGCAGAGUGGGAGGAGAGAGAAGCCUGUAGUCCGACCAGAGGAAAUCCCACCAGUGCCGGAGAACCGCUUCCUGCUGCGACGGGACAUGCCAUCUCAGGAAGAUAAAACAGAGAUAGUUGAGAAAGAGGAAACGUCUCUUUCAACUGACCAGAAACCAGCAGUCUCCAAGUCUGGACGGAAGAUCAAAGGCAGAGGAACAAUGAGAUAUCACACCCCCACGAGAUCUAAAUCACGCUCAGCAUCUGUGGAAGAACGUGGAAGCAGUGAAACUCCGCCACACUGGAAAGAAGAGAUGAAGAGAACCAAAGUUUAUCAGCCGCCCAGCAUCGAGAGGUGGACCAAAGGAGACAAAUUGAAUGACCAUUCCUCAAGCAGAUGGGACGACAGGAGUGACUCUGCAUGGUCCCGGUCUCCAGAACACUCCUCAGACCGCAGCACGGAGAGGUCCAGCCCGCAACGGCAACAGAAGAAAGAGAAGAAGAAAGCCAAACAUAAGAAGAAGUCAAAAAAACGGAAACAUGGCAAGAAGAAGAGCUCCAAGAACAAACCUCCUGAGCCUUUGCUGUCAGAAGGUGAAAGGUCAGUGUCUUCAGAAAGAAAGUCCAGAAGAUCCCGAUCUCCAUCCCGCUCGUCUUCAAACCAGCAUAAUUCGUCAACACGGAGAAGACGGCGGUCCUCGAGGUCUUUCAGGGACUCGCGGUCCUACUCUCGAUCCUACACAUCCAGUCAGUCCAGAUCUAGAGGGAGGUCCAGGUCUUAUUCAAGAUCCAGAAGCCUUUCUAGAUCUAGAAGCCGGUCUUUGUCUAGAUCCAGAUCUCAAUCCUAUUCUCGAUCCCGGUCUAGAUCCAAGUCGAGAUCUAGAUCCAGGUACAGAUCUAGGUCUUUGUCUCCAUCCAGAAGGAGGAGUUCGUCCAGAUCCCCAAGAAAGAGGAAAGCCAGCAAGCCCAAAGUGGACAACAUGAUGCCGGAGAAGCUUUCAGAGAGCAAAGUCACACCUGUCCCCAGACUGCCGAGUGUCCCGGCUCCUGAAAAUGUCCCAGUGAUCCCGAUGAGCGACAGUCCGCCACCCUCACGCUGGAAACCUGAUCAGAAGCCCUGGAAGCCGUCUUACAUCCAUAUUCAGGAGAUUAAAGCUAAAGUAGCUUCCAACUACACUAUUGGACAAACGGUAGCUAGUGUUGCAGAAAAAGCUCAGACUUCCAUCACACCCAAGUGUCUGCCAGGUGACUCUGAAAGCCACAAACCUGCAGGGCGCUCCAACAGCAGGUCCUCCAGGAGCAAGUCCUACAGCCGCUCGUACAGUCGCUCAAGGAGUAGAAGUUACAGUAGGUCCAGGUCCAGGUCCAGGUCCCCUCAUCAGUAUAACAGCAGGUCUUCCUCCUACAGCAGAUCAGGCUCUGAAAACUCCCAGAAAGCAUGUAGCAUCAAGAAGAAUUCACUUGACAAGGAGUGGAAGGAGUAUUACAGCUCUCUGAGGAGGAUAAAAAAUUUAGAUAAGUUAAUUUCAGUCGCCAGUAGUCAGGAUGCUCAGUUAGGAUCGGAAAAGGGGGCGGGCUGUGAGCAAAGUCCUGAUAUCGCCGUCUCGAAGAGAAGUGGCUCUUUGGAGAAAAUAAAAGAGAAAGUCAGCUCACGGGAUCAAGAGACGAAGCAUCACAGCUCAAUGCCGGCGGAGAGCUUUAAUAGCAAGUCUGAAUGGGACAGUGACAGUGACAGAGUGAGCCAAAGCAACAGCGCUACCCUGUCGAAAAAGCAGAAACAAGCAGUUCAGGCCAGCGAGGUUCCCGACAAGAAGUUGUCUGCUCUCACUGGAUGGAAUUCAGAAAGUGAUUCUGAAAAUGUAACCACCAGGACACUAGCCAUAUCCGAGAAAGAGGAAGGGGAGGCGAGUUCAGAAUCAGAAUUUGACACUUCUGUGGCGACCAAGGCAAACAAGAUAGAUGCUCCUGUCGCUGCUGUUGCUGCUGUUGCUGUUGCUUCUGCUCAGUCAGAGGGAAGCGCCGAGGAGGCCGCAGAGCCGGAGAAGCACAAGAGCAAGAAGAAGGCCAAACGUAAGCAUAAACGCAAGAAAAGGAGCGAGAACAAAAGUGGUUCCCAUCACGGUAAGGACAAAGGGAAGAGAUCGAAGAGGAAACACCAGAAGCUCAAAGAGACUUUUCACUGGCAGCCUCCUUUGGAGUUCGGAGAGGAGGAAGAAGAGGAUGAAUCAAAACGAGAGAAACAUAGUCCUGGUAGAGUUGUAAAAAAAAGACCCGGUGUUGCUAGUGAGAAUGAAAAAUUAACCUCUUUAAACAAGAAUCCAACAAGAGAAAAACAGAGGGAGCAACACAGAGCUAAAGAAUGUAUCAACAAAAACCCAAAACACACUGAACCUGAUGUUCAGUCAUCCAACGGUGCUAAGUCAUCCAGUGUCAAAGAGCAGGAGACAUUAGAUGAUAUGGACAUUUGUACACCAGAGCAUGAUGCUGAAAUCGUAGAACCUGCACUUAUACAGGAUUCACACAACAGCGCCCCCGAAUUAACCCUUAAAUCUACCUCAAAGUCUUCAGAUGUGGCGAGUAAAGAUAGUGCUUUACCUCACAGCAAAGAACAGCCUUCCUUAACCUCCACAACAACAGCUGCUGGACUGCAAGAUGAAACAACCACUGGCAGACCUGCCGGCACAGCAAUUAAUUUCAAAUGGAAGCCUUUGAAAGGAAUGUCGGCUCUAAAGAACCUGAAUGUGCCGCCCGUCACCACAAAAAACGUUCAACUUCAAGAGAGCCAGACCCCGAACACGCAGGGAGUAAGAAUGGAGAUAAAAAGCAAAAGCCGGGUCCGACCGGGGUCGCUGUUCGAUGAGGUUCGUAAGACUGCGCGGCUCAACCAGAGGCCUAGGAACCAGGAGAGCUCCAGCGAGGAGAGAUCCCCGUCUGUGGGGAACACACGGGGAACGUCACGCACAGAGAAGAAGUCUAGAUCCGUUUCCAGUCCCCGGUCCCGCUCCAGAGGCUGGUCCCACUCCUACAGCAGGUCCAGGACUAGAUCCCGCAGCUCCAGCUACUCCUCAAGGAGUCGCAGCAGGAGUCGGAGGAGACGGGGAAGAGGACGGUCGCGCUCUCGUAGCAGCACAUAUCGAAGUUACAGGAGUCACAGUCGGACGUACAGUAGAAGUCAUUCCAGAAGUCGCUCAUAUAAUCGCCGUCGGAGAUCCAGGUCAGAGACCUACGACAGCUAUUCCAGUCGGAGUCGGAGUGCGAGCAGGAGACGAGGGCGCAGACGAAGCGACAGCUACAGGAGCUCUGACCGCCGGUCCCGGUCCUACCGCUCCUCCAGCCGCAGUUCUUCCAGGCGUAGAAGUCACAGUCGCAGCAGUCGGUACAGUUGAGCCUCGGGCAGGUUGUUUAAUGUGAGUGUGCAAACACGGAACAACACCACAAAGUCUGGACACUUUGCACGCAAAACUGCAACUACUGUUUUUACCACAGAUCAGCAACUAAAGCUCCAAGAGGAAGGGUUGGAUUCCAUGUUACUGGUUUAAUCCUGUCCUGUUUGAGGAAAUGAAUGUUAAAGAGUAUAAACUAGUAAACCACUUUACAAGCUCACAUGUGGCAGAUCUAUUUUUUUAAUGACUGCCACAGCCUGAAGGUAUAAUAAUCAGUCUGUGUGAUAAAUUAUGAGAAAUAAGCUGUAUAUAUUUUAUAUUGUAUAUUCCUUUUCUACUUGUUUUCUUUUUUUUUUUACACUGAAAUGUACAAUUAUAAUACUGUAAAUGUAUAAUACUCUCAGUUCUGACAUGUUUCAGGAGUUAGUGGGUUUAGGUUUUGCCUUAAAUUCAGUUACUUGCUCUCUUAUAAAAAAAAAAAAAUUUUUUUCAAUGAAAAAAAGCAACUUUUGUGGCAGUUUCAAGCUGUAAUUUGUCUUUGUUCCAUUCGUUAAUCACUGUAACAUGAAUGUUAACAGCUGUACUCAAAGUAUAGUAUGCCUAUACUAAAUGUUUACAUUUAAUAAAUACCCACAGCAUCUUCA